AUGGUGAUAAGUCUGAGAGGUUUGAAGAGAUUGGAUUGUAAACCUUUGAUUGAAAAGGUUGAAGCAGCUACCACAAGAUGGGCUGGUAUGAAUCUAUCGAUGGCUGGGAGAGUGGAAUUGAUUAGAUCUGUUAUUACUCCUAUGAGGAAUUUGAAGAAAGCUACUUAUUGGUCUGUUGUUCCUAGAGCAACUCAUUCUAUUAUUUGGAAGAGCAUUGUGGCUUUAAGGGAGAUUUUGAAGACAAAUUGCAGAUUCCGUAUUGGUGAUGGUGAGACGAUCAAGUUGUUUCUCGAUCCAUGGUGUGAUGGUAAAUUUCUUUCUAAAGAAUUCAGUUUUAGAUCUCUCAGAGCUUUGGCUACUGAUAAGAGUACGGCUUUAAGUAAAUUUCUGCUACAAGGUCAGUGGCAGUUUGUUGAUAUUCCUUUACAAAUUCAGAAUUACAUCCAACAAUUCAAAAUUUAUAGAGGGGAAGAUACUAUUCUCUGGCAGCACAAUGUGUUUACAUACAAAGUAGCAUGGGAGGCCUGUAGGUUAUCUAAACCGGAGGUGUUCUGGUUGUCUUUAAUAUGGACUAGUGGUCGGCCGAGGUGGGCUGUUUUAGGUGUUCUUAUUUUACAAAACUCAGUUCUAACUGCUUCAAAUGUUCAAAGAAGGGGUAUCUCACUUGCUUCUAGAUGUUGUUUAUGCUAUAAUCAUAAAGAAUCUGUGGAUCAUUUGUUUGUGGAAUGUGAGUAUGCUUGGUAG